AGCCGUUUGGCUCAAGCCGCGUUGUUCGCUCAAGCGUCACGUUCAUCGAUUGUGCGUGCUCGCACGGGCUAAGCGAGACAAUUUUACGAGACGUUGGGCGAGAUUAUCUUGGGCAAUGUCGGCACCAACACAGACACGAGUCAGGGCCGAUUCUCCAAAGCCAGCGCCAAAAGACGGUGGGUCGAGCAAGCAAUGUGCGAACAAGGUGCAGCAACAGGACAGCGGUGGCCGAUCGGGUAAGAGCACAAUUAUUGUUGCAGGUGUGUGCGUUGUUUCUUUUUUUGCGUACACGUAUUUUGGCAGUAGAGUCGAUGUCAAGGCUGGUCUUGAGGCAGCAGUUGAUUUCGUUGAGAAGCAGGGUGAUACUGCUAUAUGGUGGUAUAUUAUGUUCACGUUUGUUGGCGUGAUUUGUCUUGUGCCGACGACUCUCAUGGAGGUUUCAGGUGGCUUCCUUUUGGGUUCGCAAUACGGCCUCUGGUUGUAUCCGAUCACUGGUGCUACGAAGCUUUGUGCCAAUGUUGUUGCUGUUCUGAUCGCCCGCCACCUUAUCAAGGAUAUGGUUAUGGAGAAGGUUGUGAAGAGAAGUGAGUUUCUGACAAUGGUGGCCGCCGCAGCGAAAGACGAGCCUUGGAAAAUGGCGUUCCUGGUACGGGGGUCCAUGGUGCCGCUGUUUGUGAAGAACUACGGGCUCGGCGUCACAGACAUAGGCUACAUUCCAAAUGCGUGUUGCUCAAUGAUCUUCACUAACUUCUACGCCGCCCAAAACCUGUAUAUGGGGAGUACGAUGAAGAACUUGAAGGACGUGUUCGCCCCCAAGAAGGCGGCGGAGGGGCCGAUGGACCCAGCAGCGUACGCCAAGAAAUGUUUGCCUAUCGUCUUUAAUGUGUUGUUGGUUUUUUUUCUCGUGAAGUCCCUGAAGGCCCAAUUUAAGAAGCAACGCUCUGAGAUUGAAGAAACAUUGAAGAAACGUAACGACACGAAGUCUGCAGCGGGAAAGGCCGACUAGACACUUACUAGGCAGUAUCUUCUCUUGUCGUGAGGCAUUCUGCCAGAUCGCGUUGCGACUGCACAGGCUUACGCCACACCCGUCGACCCCGCGAUGCCGCCCUUCCUUGGCUCCACUGACUACAGAGCAGUGUGAGCUUUACAGUCUUUGUCUGUGGGUGGCCUCGUGCGCCGCUUCCUCAGGCCGUUGCAGUGGCCUCUGUGGUCGUUGUGUUGUACCUUCUUGGAUGUCGUUCACCCUUGGUUGCGCACUCCCCUUCCUCA